AUGGAGACACACAACUUCACAGUGGUGAGAGAAUUCAUCCUGAUGGGCAUCACAGAUCGUCCUGAGCUGCAGGUCCCAUUGUUCUUGCUGUUCCUCCUCAUCUAUGUGGUCUCCGUCGUAGGCAACUUGGGAAUUAUCAUCCUCACCACGGUGGACUCCAGGCUGAAGACCCCAAUGUACUUUUUCCUAAGACACCUGGCUCUCACAGAUCUUGGUUAUUCCACAGCUGUGGGACCCAAAAUGUUGUCCAAUUUUGUUGUAGAACAAAACACAAUCUCCUACUGUCUUUGUGCUACCCAGCUAGCAUUCUUUUUGGUGUUCAUUGGUAGUGAACUUUUCAUUCUGUCUGCCAUGUCCUACGACCGCUACGUGGCCAUCUGUAACCCACUGCUCUACACUGUCAUCAUGUCACAGAGGGUGUGUUGGGUCCUGGUGACAAUCCCCUAUCUCUACUGCACAUCUGUGUCUCUUCUAAUCACCAUAAAGAUUUUCACUCUGUCCUUCUGUGGCUAUAAUGUCAUCAAUCAUUUCUUCUGUGACUGUAUUCCCUUGAUAUCUUUGCUCUGCUCAAAUACUAAGGGAAUCGAAUUUAUAAUCAUGAUCUUCGCUGCUUUUGAUUUGCUUAUCUCCCUUCUGAUUGUCCUUGUGUCUUACCUGCUCAUUCUUAUAGCCAUUCUGAAGAUGAACUCUGCUGAGGGUAGGCGCAAAGCUUUCUCCACAUGUGGGUCCCACCUGACUGUGGUUACAGUCUUCUAUGGGACCUUGAUAUUUAUGUAUGUGCAACCUGAAUCUAGUCAUUCCAUUGAUACUGACAAAGUAUCUUCUAUAUUUUAUACCUUGAUCAUUCCAAUGUUCAAUCCCUUGAUAUAUAGCUUGAGAAACAAAGAUGUAAAAUAUGCCCUACAAAGGACAAGGGAAUAUAUUUGCAAUUUUUUUCUGAAAGGAUACUCCUGA